AUGGAGUUACUAGCAGCAUAUAUCGUAGCUGUACUGAUAGUUCACCAUGCUGGCUGUUCCCCCUGUAAACCAGAUCUGGACCAGGUUUGCUCCUGUCAGCAGGGACAGCUGAACAGUCAGUGGACAUGUACAGUGUGCGCAUGCUCACACGAUGGGAACUUCGGCAAAUGCACAACGUCGCGAUGGUUGAACAUCAGCACAACCUGGAUAGGAGAAGAGAGUAGUGGUUCCUCUACUGUGGACUUUGCUGAGAACAUGUUUGACGGCGACUCUGCUACAGUUUGGGAGCCUCUGGACCAGCCAGAGGGUUAUGAACAUUGGGUGAUAGUGGAUCUACAGACUAGCUUCAGGAUUCACAGAGCGACCAUCGCUAAUAAUGGUGAUGUUGUCCAUGAUGUUGUCAGCUUUGUCAUGGAAAGCUCUACCACCAGUCCCUAUGUGUGGGAGACUGCCUACAGCUCAGCAGAGGUUUUAUCUGGGAUCCCCAUGCCUCAGUAUUUCUCACCUGAGUUUGUUGGUCGCUACCUGAGGCUCAAAGUCAACACGCAGAGUGGAGUCAGACCUUCUCUUAGGGAAGUGUCUCUCUAUGGGAAAGAGAAUACCGGCGACCCUGACUCAUUACCAUGUCCUGCUCUGAACACCGGCUGCAUCAUUAGCGACACGGCUGGAGAAACAGCGCCUCCUGGUGACCAGGACUGUUAUGUCACCGCCAACAUUCACGAAGGACUACGAAGUACUGCAGAUCCACUGCAAGUACAUCGUUCUGCAAAUGUUCACUUGCACGGUGAUCUCUUGGUUGACUGUUAUGAGGACCAUGAGCUGGAGGUAUUUUGGACAGUGAGAGAACACAACCAGGCAACUCCAGAAGACGCGAUGGAUGAGAUCCUGCCUCAAGGCACGACAAGAAACAACGUUCUUCUCUCCAUAGCACCAAAAACUCUGCCUCUCGGAGUGCACAUGGUGCAGGCUGCAGGAUACUACACCGUACGGCUAACAGACCGCCAUGCUGCUGACUGCGGUGAUCUGACCAGGGUUGCGGAGUGGCGUUUUCACGUCAACCCUCUGCCAGCGCCCCCUAGCGGAGACGGCGUGUCCGCGGACCCUGUGUGUACCCUGCUACCGGCGGACGGAGUAUCUCUGAUCGAUCAGUUCUGCGUCACGUGUCCUGAGUUCCUUGAUAUCUUGGGUCCGUUGGAAUUAUCGAUACGGUUCCAGCUGACGCCGGCGGGGGAACUCGCCACGGCGACUUUUCCCGGAGACGGUCCGGACGAGGACACCAGGAUCUUCCUCACGGCUUCAUCACGGGUCUGGGUUGGAUACACACGUCUGUUUGACCUCGCUGUCGGCAGUAUCCGGUUGUUUGUACGCGCUGACUCGGUGGACGGACGAUUUUUUGAGGUCGGGCUGGCACCAAUAGAGUUUCUGGAGUCGAACGUUAACCCUUACGAGUACUCCAACAACUCCCGUGAGAUCGGCACAGACGUCACAGGUCUAGGGGUGAAGUGUGGGAACCGGACUCUUCCGGUUUCCGGUCUAACCGAUCCCGUCGACAUUUUGACCAGAAGAUCUGAGAACAACAGUCUUGCAGAACUGAUGUAUGUGUUUGAAGCAUCGGAACCACGUGGGAACAUGGCGAUUUUUCAGUUCUUCGUGAGGAAAAAUCACUCUGCAUUAAGCAUAGAGCUGGACUUCCCAAGCCUGGACCUGGACUUCAACAAUACCCUCUUUCCGCCUGACGUUACCAUGUUACUCCGCAAGGAGGCGCCACCAACACCAGAGGAGUACGACUGGACUGCGACGCUGCCCGUUCCUGAUGAGCAGAUAGUUGGUCUGAUGUCUAACACCAGCCACAUCCACUGCCGCUGCUACCAUCUGACCAAGUUUAGCGGCUUUGUUGCGCCGAACCCUCUCAACAUCGCAGAGGCUCUGUCAGCCAACGUUCUGGAGAACCCAUCAGGACUGGUCCUGGUCCUGACUGUGUUUGGAGCCUACCUUGUGGGCAUUGUUUGGGCCAGGAAGUCUGACAGGAGGGAUGUAGUGAAGGCUGGGAUUGGGAUCCUGCCUGGCCACAGACUCAACCCCAGACAGGACUGUCAGUACCUCAUUACUGUUUACACUGGCUUCAAGGGAAAAGCUGGGACAACCGCAGAGGUAACUAUUGUCCUGUACAGCCAAGACCACGAAAGCCGUCCCUUCAGGCUCAGUGAUGAGAAGAGGAUUCUGUUUGAGAGAGGCAGCGUGGAUUCCUUCCUCGUGUCGACAUCUCAGCCGCUGGGGGCCUUACGCUUCGUCCGUGUGUGGCACAACAACGGAGGGUACAGUCCGGGAUGGUUCUUGAGCCAGAUUGUAGUGACAAACCGGGGAGACAACACACCGAACUUCUUCGUUUGUAACAGAUGGUUUGCUCUAGACAGAGAUGACGGUCAGAUCAGUCGAGUCCUUAUUGAAGCUGAUCCAGUCGAGAUGAAGAAAUUCCGCAACUUGUUCCUGGCCAAAAGUUCAAGGGACAUGAGUGAUGGUCACCUGUGGUUCUCCGUGGCAGGCCGCCCGGCCCGGAGUCCCUUCACCCGAGUCCAGCGCCUGUCCUGCUGCCUGACCCUGCUCUACAGCACCAUGGUCACCAACAUCAUGUUCUUCGGCCGCGGGGACGACUUCGACCCGCCUGAGCCAAUCAGGAUAGGCGGCAUAGAGAUGGACCCACCCAUUUCCCUUCCACAGAUUAUGAUAGGUCUACAGAGCGCUGCCAUCAUCAUGCCUGUCAACUUGAUCAUCGUCUUCUUGUUUCGAAACUCUUGUUCCACUUCGUCUGUUAAAAAUGAGAAGACAGCAUCAAGGAAUAAUUUGUGUUUGAAAAGCCUGACGAAAUGUUUGCCUCACAAGAAACAGAUUGACAAAGAAGCAACAAAGAAACAGACUGAGCCUCUGCCGCUGUGGCACCGCAAAGAGAAUGAUACGGUGCAGAAAAGCCAAAGUCGUGAUUAUUCUGAGAAAGUCUGCAUACAACCGAUUAAUCUGUCUUUUGAUGACUCAAUGGCGAAAAUCGAUGCCAGCAAUGUGACAAAUCCAGAGGAUGUUGAAUCAACACAAAACUCUUCACUUUCUUCGUGGUCUGUGUACAUAGGCUGGCUGCUAGUCUGGACGGCGAGUUUUGUGGCGGCGUUCUUCACCGUCCUGUACAGCCUGAGUUUCGGACGUGCGAAGGCGGAGGCGUGGCUCUUCACCUUCCUGACAUCAUUCCUGACCGACCUGUUUCUCAUACAACCCUUCAAACUGAUGCUGGUGGCUGUGCUGUUUGCUUUGCUAGCAAAGAAACCAGUAGAAGAUGAAGACCCUGUCCCAGCUCCGCUGUAUCAGGAUGAAGAAUAUCUAGAGGAAAACACACAACAGGUGGUGAGAAAUGAUACAAGACUGUGGCGUACGGCUACCGGAUGGGCUCGAUAUUUUUGGACAGAGGAAUCUAACGUGCAAGACCAACGCAAUGAAAAGACUCAAGAAAUGGCCCACUCCAGUUCACCACUAGAUGAAGCUGAUCUGGCCAAACAACGGGCUCAGAGUUUAGAACGCAGUAAGAGGCGGAAACAGGUCCUAGAAGUGUUAACGUUUGGACUUUUCGUGACAGUGAUCAUGCUGACAUCAUACAGCGAAAGAAGUCCCAUGGCUUUCUAUGUAACUAAGAAUGCGCAGCAGCUACUCUUGAAGAGCGGCAACGUUGGGUUUUCUGAGAUAAAAGACAUUCCAUCGUUCUGGACUUGGGUGACAACUGGGUUAAUUCCUGCCAUCCAUGCAGCUCAGUGGUACAACGGUAGGUACUCUAAGGAGGCUGCGAUUCUGCAGGACAUGUUAACUCAUCCACUGGGUACAGUACAGCUUCGGCAAGUGCGGCUGACUCCCGGGAAACAUUGUGAACCCCCCAAACAAAUAGCAAGUCUGGUACCUCACUGUACUGUUGCGUACUCCCUUGAUGCUUCGGAUACACGGAACUACACAGAAAACUGGAACAAAACUUCUAACAUCACAGACAAUCUUUUUUGUACGUCAACACCAAUCGUCAACGUUAACAAUGCAACCGACUCACCCUGGGACUAUAAAUGUUUGGAAGGAAGCAACCCAUGGAGUUACACAUUCGCUUCUGUCACUGAUGGUUUUCCUUACUUUGGAAAGCAGGGCAUCUAUUUGUCCGGUGGUUACGUAACGUCCCUGGGUAGUACACAGCAGACAAGUUUAACUCGCGCGGCUUACCUUCAGCAACAUGGGUGGCUAGACGAAAAGACCCGGGCUGUUUUCAUCGAACUCACCCUUUACAACCCGCACGUCAACCUGUUCUCUGUGGUUUCCAUAGCAACGGAGUUCACCAGUCUUGGGACGGUUUACAAGGGAUCAGAGGUCGUGACCUUGAGACUUAUCCAACACGACGCCAUCUUGCUUCUUGUUCUCAGAGGAUGCCUUGGAAUUUUUAUUCUCUUCUUCAUGAUUCGGGAGGGUAAGGCGCUUUUCUCUCGACCUCUUGAGUACCUGACGGAGUUCUGGAGUUGGGUCGAGCUUCUUGUCAUCGCAGUAGGCUUCAUUGCUCUUGGCGUCUACUUCCACACACAAAGCAUCAUCGACGACAUCGCGAUACAGCGAGCGGCCGGAAACGCAGGUUUUGACGGGUACAAGAGCGCAGUUGGCUGGUACCAGGUCUACACCUACCUUCUGGGACUUCUCAUCUGCGGCGCUACCCUGAAGUUUGUCCGGAUUCUCCGCUUCAACUCUCACGUGUACGCCUUGUCUAUGACCAUGAGACGAUCCCUCAAACCUGUAGCGCUGUUCAUGCUCACGGCCGGAAUCCUCAUCAUGGCUUUUACACAGAUGGCGAAUCUGACUUUCGGUGUGAAGCUUGCGGGGUACAGGAACAUAACUUCCAGUCUGCAAAGCCUUCUGUUCAUGAUGCUGGGAAGUUUUGACUUCGAGGCGUUGGGACAGGGACACAACUUUUUAGGACCCCUGAUGUUUUUCACAUACCAGUGCACGAUGCAGUUUUUCUUGCUCAGUAUGUUCAUGGCUAUCAUUAUGGAUGUGUACGCAGAAGAGACACAAUCCACAAACACAGAGGAGCUUAACUUAAAUACCUUUGUGAAAGAAUCUGCUUUAAGAACAUUGAAGAAAGUUCAGGACAGAAAUUCUCAUAAUAUCGACGUGAAAAGGAACAUAUCGAGUAAAGACAAUGGAAUAUUGGCGGAUAUACUUGUGAAAAUAGACCGCAUGGUAGACAAUCUUGACAACGGUGUUUAUGACUAG